AUGGAGUACUUGCAUCGAUGCAUACAAGGUUUGGAAGUUCAACCUAAAUUUAGCUAUCAUCCUCGUUGCAAAAAGCUGAAUAUUACUAAUGUUAGCUUUGCGGAUGAUAUCCUUCUAUUCACUAGAGGGGACACCACCUCUGUUCAGAUCUUGAUGAAGAAAAUUGAAAAUUUCUCCAUGGCUACAGGUCUAAAAGCGCACCCUGAAAAAUGUCACAUCUAUUUUUGGGGUGUUCCGAGCCAUAUUCAGAUGGAAAUCUUGAAGAACACAGGUUUUACGGAAGGAGCGUUACCGUUUAAAUACCUUGGUAUCCCUCUUGACAGCAAGAAGCUUUAUAGUCACCAUUUCAGACCCAUUAUGGAUAAACUCGUUGUGAAGAUAAAGCAUUGGAUAACCCGUUUAUUGAGUUAUGCAGGCCGUAGGCAACUGAUAAACAGCACUCUGUUCGCCAUUACAGCCUACUGGAUGCAAAUUUUUACCUUCCCUAAGAUUGUUGUCAAACAGAUCGAGAUGAUUUGUGGGAAUUUUUUAUGGUGUGGAAUGAAUGGUGUGAGCAAGAAGGCUCCCAUUGCUUGGGAGAACUUAUGUAAACCGGUCUUUGCAGGUGGACUUAACAUUGUGUCAUUGCACGUGUGGAAUAAAGCCACAAUUGGGAAACUGCUUUGGAACAUCCAUAUCAAGGAGGACAAACUGUGGAAACGUUGGUUAGAUACAUAUUUCCUCAAGAAACAAGACAUUGUUCUAUGGCUGCCAAGGAAUAACAUCUCAUGGACUGUGCGAAAAUUUUUGAAAGCUCGUGAUAUUAUUAAAGCAAUUGACAGUUGGAACGACGACAUCACACAUGGUAAGUAUAAAACAGCAGCCAAACCUUUUAGGAGAAUCCGUACAGGUUGCUUGGAAGAAAACCCUCUUCAAUAA